ACGUAUUGGGCUUUUUAUUUUUUCCUUUAAAACCCUAGGAGUUAUUAAAAAGAAAGGAGGCGUCAAUUUGUCUCCAAUUUUUGGAGUGUUUCCUUCAGUUGACCAAGUAAAGAGACAAGAAAGGUGGAAAUCGAUCCAACCAAGAGGCAAGGUAACGUCGUAGAUGUAAAGCGUCGGUGUCGUCACCGGACCAAGUUCCACCGAUACUACCUUCGAUUUCCUUCCUUAUUGUCUCGAUCGAAGACCACAGAACCACCCCCCACCUGCUGUGUGCCUAAUCUGCUCCACUCUUCCUUCCCCUUUCGUGUUUCUUUUUGCUAAUCCUCCACAAGACCACCUCGUUUGCUGCCUUUGUUCAUGUUUCUUUUUCCCUUUUCAAGGAUUAAAUUGAUGGCUAUGAGGAAGGAGGAUGAGGGUGGUACUGGUUCAGGGGCAAUGGUGGAAAGGAUAUCAAUCAGAUUCAGUCAGCAAAGUUUUUAGUUAUGACCGAUUAAGACAUUGUUGACCCGCUCAGAUGUAAAAUUGAAGCAUAUCAAACACGCGGAGCUGACCGACUCAUAUAUUUUUAUCUGAUUGGACCAGUCAGAUCCAAAUCAAACAGGGCCUAACUUUACCCAAAGUCUUGCAAUAGGCCCAUAACUAAUUUUCCUCUUCAACGAGACUUUAGGCAGCUUACCAGUUUUGGUACCCAACCCGGUUCAUAUAUAUGUACCAAAUCACUAGCCAGCUGGAUUGCACUUUUCUCAGGAAAAGAGCCGUUGGAGAACGGGGCUUCUUUCGCCCGACCCGCAACUCCAUACCCGAAUAAUUAGGCGGUUUGAAGUAUAGCUUCUAGCGAUUCUUGCCGUUGAAUUUGGGAAAGUCUCUUGUCUGUUCAAUCGUCGCUUCCAUAAUCAUUUGAGCACAUCGAUGAUGAUGGUGGAUAAUCAUUUGCAGACACAAACACAAUUGCAGUCAGAGUUCAAGUACUGGUUUCCAGUUCUUCGCCGAUUCGACACCGACGAUCCCUUCUUUGCUUCUGGAAAUAUUGAACGUGAACUUCUCGCCAAACAGAUCACACUAGAUUUAACUGAAGAGGAAAAACAAGAGAUUAGAAAUUUUGAAGACAACUACAGAGAUGUGCUGUGUCCAAUUGUUGGCUGUGGGGCAACCUUGAAAACAUUGACUGAGUUUGAAGAUCAUUACAAUGCACGUCACACGUCCUCUUGCUCUGUCUGCUCAAGAGUAUACCCCACAUCUCGCCUACUCAGCAUACACGUGUCCGAGGCACAUGAUUCCUUCUUUCAAGCAAAAGCAGCACGAGGUUACCCCAUGUAUGAAUGCCUUGUUGAAGGGUGUGGUGUAAAGCUGAAAAGCUACAAGUCUCGGCAACAACAUCUAAUGGACAAGCAUAAGUUUCCUUCGACAUAUGAGUUUUUGAAAAAGUCGCAUCCCUCAAAAAAAGAAAGGGUGAAGAAAUACCAAAGGAAACAAAAACAUGUGGCAGAUGAAUCGAGUGCAAUGCAAGUGGAAGAAGAGACUCUGGAUGGGCUUGUUUCGGGUGUUUCCAAGUUGACUACUUCGGAUUUGUCUCCUUCGGUUGUUAGUUUUGGUCGACGCCAUACACGUGGGUUGACGUUUCUACCUCGAUCUGUUCAACGUGAAACAAAGAAAUGAAGGUCAGUAGGGAAAUUUAUAAUCAACUUAAAUUUUGUUGACUUGGAGAAAAAUUUAGGGGAAUGUGUUGAUUAUUGAUAUGUUUUUGGUAAUUCAUUCUAUAAUGAAUUCAGGUUUGUGACUUUUAGGUUUUUUGAAAGAAUAUAUUAUGUGUAGGAUUGUGUUUAUUUAUAUGACUAUAUCAUGUCUGUUAGGUUGAUUGUUAUCGAAACAACGUGCACAUAUCGUGUUGGUGAUUUUAUUAGUAUCACUUGUAUCAUUUUGGAGUAAUUGGAAUUUAUAUGGUGCCACUCAAACCGUGAUCUAGUACAAGUUAGAUGUUGAGCGUGCAAACUUAUAUAAGUUGAGUUUGUUCCACAUACUGACCCCAUAAACGACCAAGGGAACAAGACUUUUUUCCACACACAGAUCCAUGAGCGAUUCAAGACAAGCCUAACGAUCUGGGGAACAAGGCUCAGUGUCCCACACAUAGACCCAUGCAAGCCAAACGUCUGAAGACAACAAAUGAUGGUGGUCAAGGGGGCCCGCACCCUGUGGUAGUCAUGCUAACGAAUUGACUCAUUUCAAUUUCGUUGACCAGCUUCUAACUUGCACGGUCUUGGUAUGUUUGACUAGCUUUGGUUUGGGAUUGACUUAAUCUUGGUAUGUUUGGAACCAUUUGGUUAGUUUGGGGCUAAUUUGUUUGGUAAAACUAACUUAUAAGCUUAACGUGAC